CGUCGGGGGUGAGGUGCAGAGCUAGCGUAGGGCAGAGUAAGUGGGGCAGGACGGGCAGAGCCGGCGAGGUGCGGGAAUGGAGCUGCUGAGGACUAUAGCUUACCCGCCGGGCGGCGGCAGCGGCGGCGCCAAGUGCUGCGAGGCGCCAGUGGGCAGAGCGGCCGGUGGCGAGUCGCGAAGAAAGAAAGCGGAGGAGCAGCCGCACCAGCACGGCCACCCCGCCGCGGAGGUCUCCCGGAUUAUAACCGACCCCACGACGGGGAAGCGCUAUUGCCGCGGCAAGGUGCUCGGAAAGGGUGGAUUCGCCAAGUGCUAUGAGAUGACAGAUUUGACAACAAAUAAAGUUUAUGCUGCAAAAAUCAUUCCUCAUAGCAGAGUAGCAAAACCUCAUCAAAGGGAAAAGAUUGAUAAAGAGAUUGAGCUGCACAGAAUGCUUAAUCAUAGACAUGUUGUGCAGUUUUACCACUACUUUGAAGACCGAGAGAAUAUUUACAUUCUUCUGGAGUACUGCAGUAGAAGGUCAAUGGCUCACAUCUUAAAAGCCAGGAAGGUGUUGACAGAACCAGAAGUACGAUACUACCUCAGGCAAAUUGUGUCAGGGUUAAAGUAUCUUCAUGAACAGGAAAUCUUGCACAGGGAUCUUAAACUAGGCAACUUCUUCAUUAAUGAGAACAUGGAACUGAAACUGGGUGACUUUGGCUUGGCAGCUAGGCUGGAACCACUUGAGCACAGGAGGAGAACAAUAUGUGGCACACCAAAUUACCUCUCUCCAGAAGUCCUCAACAAACAAGGGCAUGGCUGUGAAUCUGACAUCUGGGCCUUAGGCUGUGUAAUGUACACAAUGCUCUUGGGAAGACCUCCAUUUGAGACCACAAAUCUUAAAGAAACAUACAGAUGUAUAAGGGAAGCAAGAUACAGCCUGCCUUCAUCUCUCUUGGCACCUGCAAAACAUUUAAUAGCUAGUAUGUUGUCAAAAAAUCCUGAAGAUCGGCCCAGCUUAGAUGAGAUAAUUCGACAUGAAUUUUUCUUACAGGGCUUUACACCUGAUAGACUUUCUGCCAGCUGUUGUCACACCGUUCCUGAUUUCCAUUUGUCAAGUCCUGCUAAAAAUUUCUUCAAAAAGGCAGCUGCUGCUCUCUUUGGUGGUAAAAAGGAUAAAGCUAAAUACUUCGAUACACAUAACAGACUAGCUAAAGAAGAUGAAGAAAUCUACAAGCUCAGACAUGAUUUGAAGAAGACAUCGAUAACCCAGCAGCCCCACAAACACAGAACAGAUGAGGAGAUCCAGCCUCUUACCACAACAGUAGCGAAGCCGGGAGCAUUGCCAGAAACUAAGCAGAUUGGAGAUUCUAUUCGAAUGAUAGUCAGAGGAACUCUGGGAAGCUGCAGCAGUAGCAGUGAAUGCCUGGAAGACAGUACCAUGGGAAGUGUUGCUGAUACAGUCGCAAGGGUAUUGCGAGGUUGUCUGGAGAACAUGCCAGAAGCAGACAGCAUUCCCAAAGAGCAGCUGACAACAUCAUUCCAGUGGGUUACAAAAUGGGUGGACUACUCUAACAAGUAUGGCUUCGGGUAUCAGCUAUCAGAUCACACUGUUGGUGUCCUUUUCAACAAUGGGGCACAUAUGAGCCUUCUGCCAGACAAAAAGACAGUCCACUACUAUGCUGAGCUAGGCCAGUGCUCUGUCUUCUCAGCUGCAGAGGCUCCUGAACAGUUCAUUAGCCAAGUAACUGUACUGAAGUAUUUCUCUCACUAUAUGGAAGAGAACCUCAUGGAUGGAGGAGAUUUGCCGAGCCUAACUGAUGUACGCAGACCCAGGCUUUAUCUCUUACAGUGGCUUAAAUCUGAUAAAGCAUUAAUGAUGCUCUUCAAUGAUGGCACGUUUCAAGUGAACUUCUAUCAUGAUCACACAAAAAUUAUCAUUUGCAAUCAGAGUGAGGAGUAUCUCCUUACCUACAUCAAUGAAGAGAGGAUAUCUACAACGUUUCGUCUGACAACUCUUCUGGUUUCUGGAUGCUCACUGGAACUAAAACACAGGAUGGAAUAUGCUCUGAACAUGCUGCUUCAGCGGUGUAACUGAAGGGACUGACUCGUUAAACCAAAUGGACCUUCUUGUUCACUGUGAAAUCUACAGUGGGGAUAUUGGAGCAACUAGUAUGAUGAUCAUGAUGAUGGAUGUGUGGUGGUACGAAAACUUGACUAUCCUAGUGUGCUGGGCACACAUCUAUUAGACAGAAGCCUAAACCUACUGUUGGACUAAGAUGAUGUGACAAGGAGUUUUUUGGACCAUAGUUUUCCUUGCUUCGUGUUUGUUAAAGAUAUUUUUGACUUGAACUCUGAGCAGAGUGUGACUGCCUUCUCUGUAGGAGAGCAUUUCUGGUGGAGUUAAACUGUGAAUAUGCAUCUGGAAAGGGAGGGACGGGGAUAUCCAUUAUUGUGGAAUAGCUGUAAUAAGCAGCUUCUGGCUGCUUAACUGUGAACUAUGGCCAUACUAUCUUUUUUUCCCCUUGUUUUUCGAAAACUCCCACACUUGUGGCUGGCAAAGUGCAUUCCUUGUUAAUUUUUUUUUUUAUUUAUUACAGCCUAAAGUGAAAUAUUUAUUACACACUUUUUUUUUUUUUUUUUUUUUUUUUAGUACCUUGGCAUUUUAAAUAAAGACAAUGGAAUCUGAACCAUCAUGCUCCACUCAUUUUUACAGUACAGCUUAGCCUGCUUUGCUUUUCAUUACCAAAAAUCUGCAGGUCUCCCUUCCUUAUGCCAUUUUUGAAAAGUCUGCUGCAGGUCAGGAUAUGAAUGACAGUCUCUAACAUGGAGCAGUCUGUCCGUGUCUAUACACACUUGUAGUCACAAGCACCAAUCUGCUGCUGCUAAUUAUAGUAGCAACCCUAAACAAACUGCUGAUGGAACCUAUGGCAUAAUGAUGUAGGCCUUGACUCUUCAUUGUUGUCCUAGGGGUCAAAAACAAAACUAUGGAUCUUUUCAAGAUCUUUAAUUCCAGAACUGAAAUUGAUGUUUUACACUGACUGAAUAGAAUUCCUUGUUUUGGGUUGGGACUUGGUGGACAGUAACUACAAUAAUUAGCUGUAUAAGCUUCCUUCUCUUACUUACCAUGGAAGCACUGCUCAUAUUCACAUGAGGAUUGAAGUAUUCUGGCACCUCAAUGGUAGAAUGAAUUGUCCAUGCCUAUUGCUGCCCUCUGUUGUGUUCUAUUGUAUGUGUCUUUCUACCCUUGAUUAAAUGGUAACCCCAGUGAAGUAAAAUCAAAAUGGUGAGGAGAUUAAAGGCUGACUUAGUAUUAAUUUGGGCUUAUUCUACCAAAUUGAUAGUAACACAUGUGGUCAUCUAAUGCUACGACCAAAUACCAUUUAUGGUAUUGCCAUAAAUCCUCCAUAAAGUCAUUCAAAAUAGCUGAACGCACCAUAGGAAUGGCCUGUUGCUUAGUGAAAUCCUACUGCUACUAAAUACACAAUUAUUAGAGAAAUUGUUUUCCUAAACAGAAGGAAAUGCCAUUUGUGAGUUAAACUUUACAAACAUAUGGAACUAUUGAGGACUCAGCCCAGUGCAGGGCAGGGGGAGGAAUGUGUGCUUGUAGGCUGGGCUUGUUUUCAGCUAUUAUGUGGCACCUGGACCCACACAAACAUGGAAGUCUUCAAGCAACUGUUCUGAUGCAGCAGCGAGUAGUUCAAUUGCUCAUUUGGAUUAAUCUUUGUAUAACUGAAUUAGGUCUGUUCAGAAAGACACACCUCAGUUGCUAUCAAUGUUUCAAUCAAGGCAUCUAAAUGCAAGGAGCAGUCAAUAGAAAUAUAAAGUGCAGACUAAACAAAGUACAGAUGUCAACCCAAUAGGGAGCAGAGGAGGUAUCACUGGCUUGCUUCCUCUUGCAGCAAGUAUGUAUAAAUGUGAUUGUUUUGCUUGUAUCUAAUACCAUGCAUUAGGUAAUAUUUAUUUACUUCUCAAGUCUAGACAGGAAGACCUAAUUGAGUUCUUCAGAUAGAUUCAUUAAUGUAACUUUAGGCAGUUCAAUGAAGUUAAAUACAUACUUGUUAUUGUGAGCAGAAUUCAGCUUCCCAGCUGUCUGCUUUCUUCAAGAGGUAAUGAUUGAUUUUAUUCCUGGGAAGCCAUGUCUUACAUUACUGUCCUGCACACAUACAGCCACUGUAAGCCUUUUUCUCUGUCAAAGUAAGAUCUCCCUUUUUGUUAAUGACACCAGUAAACAUGCAGUUCAUGUGUGUUUGAAACACAAAAAUUACUUGAACUAUAGUACCUCUUCAGAUGGAAAAACAGUUCUUUGACUGUGUGCUAGAGAAAGUAUGACCCUUUAGCUGUUUCUUUGAGCACCAGAAUUACCUUUUGAUGGCUAAAAUUCUGUCUAGUGUAAGAAAAUAAACUGAUUUCAAGUGUAGGAUGUUUAACGGUGGAUGUAAAGGUUCCAAAUCCAAAUGUUGUAGGAUGCUAGUUGGUUGUGGACAAUUGUAAUGCACCUCAUGCAAAUACAGUUAAGGGAAUCAGUUAUUUCUAUGCAAUACGUAUGUGGGGAACUAGGAUCCUUGGAGCUUUCUAAAUCUAUCUUUCUGGUUAGUGCUAUGUAUCCUAACCUCACUUUUUAUUGUCAUAUUGCAAAAUGAGAGAGGUGUUUAGAUCAGGUUAAUCUGAAAUAUCUAUUUCAAAGCACGUUAACUUUGCCCUACUUCCUCAGCCCAAGGAGGGAAAGCUGCUUUAAAAUUUGUAAUAGAUGAACUUGCAUCAGGAACAAAGGUUCUGAAAUUCUUUCCCAGGGUGGAUCCUGUCUUAAAUAAGACACUGUAGUGCUCUAAUUGACCUUCUUUACCCAAUCACAUAACACCCCUUUUGUAAUUCUGCAUAUAGGAAGAUUAAUAUUAGAAAAGUACUUGUCCACUUUAUAUAACAAAUGUCUUGCCUUCUCUUGCAAGAAAAAUAUAUGGACUGAAUUUUAUGCUU